AUGAGUUUUAAAGAAGAUAAUGGUAUUGUUAUAAAAGGAAAUAAACGUCAUCCAACCAUAGGAGAUUUUGUAGUUAUUGGAGCAGGGGCUAAAGUUCUUGGAAAUAUUACUAUUAGUAGUAAUGUUAAAAUUGGUGCAAAUUGUUGGAUUACACAGAAUAUUGAUCAAGACCAAAUUAUCUUUAUUUCUGAAUAUCCAUCUCAAAUCACUAAACCAUCAAGAAAACAGUCAAUAAAAGAUGACAAAAUAAUUUUACAAUCACUAUCUGAAAAUAAAAGUACAGAAGAACAAGAAAAAUUGAGUGGAGGUAAUACACCUGAACUAUUUUGUAAUUAUACAUCUGAAGAAUCAACCCCAAUUAACUUAGAUUGUUUUGUAUCUUGUCAUCAAUAA